UAGCUCACCGCGCAUGCAUAUGCCAGCGCAUCAACCCUUCCAAUCGCCCACCCCGCCAGCACAGCGUCCAAUGCUCUUUGGAUUUGGCUGACAGUUAUUGUAGGCGACUCUCAUCUUCCUUUCGUGACUGGUGAAUACCUGCAACGGCUCUUCCCCACUACUACGGCGCGGGCCUCUAGAGUGCAGCUUCAUCCUCGACAAAUCACUCCAUCAUUUGUAAACGCGCACUGCCCCUCGACGUCCAAUCACCACUGCUGCGCCUCAAUCCUGGAAGCCAAAGCCGUGCGCUCUAGCGAAUUCGCCUCAAGCACGUCUGGCCAUUGACAGCGCAUCAAGUAUCGGCCCUGCCGCGACGUGACCGCCUGCCUGUAUUACGCGCCUCAACUGCGAGCCUCUCGCUACCUCGUCUUCACGCAAAUAGGACUACAAUCUACGCAUUGUAGACAGCCAUGACCGACUACGCACAAUUCCAUGGGCAUGCGCCCGCGCCCAACCCGCAACAGAUGCAAUUCGGACAGCAACAGUCGUCCCCAAUCCUUCCAUCGAAUGGCAACUUCGCGCAUAACGGCCAACCACAUCCCCAGCACCACCCGCAGAUGGGCUUCCCUCAGCAUCAGGCCUACAUGGCCGGUAUGCAAAAUCCAUACAUGCCGUCUCAACAGCAACAGCACCAACAGGCUGCCGCGUUGGCUACGGCAGCUGCUGCAGGUCCAGCCGGAUACUACGAUCAAACCGCCAUCUCGGGUCAACUAGCACAAGACCCGCGCGCAUCUCCACGCAUGUCAGUGUCGCAGAUGAAGAGUGAUGGACGCGUCGCUCCACGGUCCCCAACAAACGUUUCCAACGCGAUGAACAACGCGCUCCCAUCUCAAGUUCAGAUGACCCCGACUCAGAUGCAACAAAGGCGAAUGAGCACUCAAAUCAGCAGUCCUGCGAUGCAGCAGCCUCAGCCUGUCAUGAACCAUGGCGGCCCCAGACCCUCUGUCCCUCCAAUGACCCAGCAAUCGCAGCACCAACAAUCGCCUGAGCUUGUUGCUGGAGGUGCACAACCAGAAGAGGCGCCACUCUAUGUCAACGCUAAACAGUUUCAUCGCAUCUUGAAAAGGCGUCUCGCGCGACAGAAACUUGAGGAUGCAUUGAGGCUGACAUCCAAGGGACGAAAGCCAUACCUACACGAGUCUAGGCACAACCACGCCAUGCGUCGUCCGCGUGGUCCUGGCGGUCGCUUCUUGACCGCAGAAGAGGUGGCUGCGAUGGACAACGCAGCCGGAAAAGGCGAGGGUGAAGACGGCAACAAGGAAAAUGCGUCCAUGCCUCCCAAGCCCGCCAGCUCUGGUCCCAAGCGCAAGGCAUCAUCUACACAACUCAAGGGAACACCGACUAUCAAGAAGAACAAGGCAGGUGCCGUGCAGCGUCACAGCACGAGCGAAGAGGAUGAAGAUGAGGACGAAGACGAUGGUGAGGACGAAGGCUAGGCUCUCUUCCCGCCUGGGCCACUGCCCACUUCCGUCGAUCUGAUUUCUAUACCCUUUUAAUUUCGACACCUGAUCUUCUUGAGAGUUCCUCCAAGGAGCUCCCCUU